GACAUUAAAAUUCUCAUUUGAUCUUAACCUUCGCUACCGUGCAGUGGUGCGCAAAAUAAUAUUGAAAUGGUUUCGGUGUAUCUGUUCCCAGUGAUCGUCGCUGGUAUCGUCAGUGGAGGUUUCGAGGUGGGUGCGGUACAACUCGGAUGUGGCAAACCAGAUGUACCAUGCAUCCCAAUUCGUUACUGUCUACCGGUAUACAAGCGUUACAAAAAUGGUGAAUAUACCACAAAUAUCACCUUUAAGAAGGAGGUAAAUAGUAAUCGCUGUGAACCGGUAAUGCGGAUGGUAGCUUCAACUCACAUUUGCUGCCCCAACCGUGACAUUGGAUGCGGUACUAAUGAAAAACCUGGAGUGUGCGUAACGCGUGAACAAUCGACCACCAAGCAAAGCAACAAUGAAAAUGAUCUCUGCUACGUACAUAAUGGAAAGAAAUACUUCUGUUGUACAGAUACGCUCUGUAUGUUGUUAAAAGAACCGACGAAUGAGGAAGUGGCAACUGAUCAACGUUCAUCGGCAUUUCAAAGCUGUACGAGUGACUACGGUGCUGCGGGCUUCUUAGUACCGGCAAGGAUUUGUAGCAAUCCAGCACCACCAGCAGGAGGAAACACACAAGAUAGAGCCGUGUGCUGUGUACCGCCGAAAAAAGAUUAUUUGAUAGCGAACCCGAAAGCAGCCAAACUGGCCGUAUCGUCGUGCGGUAUGGUUCCUUUACGUACAAAAAUUCAAGGAGGUAAUUUCGCACAGCGUGGUGAAUUACCGUGGAUGGUGAAGUUGGUUUACAAGGACAAGCCAGCGACGAGUAGUGGAACGUUGAUUCAUACAAAGUACGUACUGACCGCCAAGCACUGUAUCACGGCGCAACUCCAGAGUGUUGAGCUUGGGGUACACGAUGUGUAUGAUAAAAGUGAAGUACAGACGAUUUCUAUCUCGAGACCUUUUGUACACAAAAUAUAUGAUGUCGGACUGUUGGUACUGGCCAAACCGGCAACGCUGGGAACCUACGUACAGGUGAUCUGUUUGCCGAUUUAUGCAUCUCUUCGCAUGAAUUUGCCCACGACGGUCAUCAUUAGUGGGUGGGGAAAUACGGAAAGCAACAAGGUGUCACCAGUGCUGAUCAAAGCGGACACAAAGGUGGUGAUGAGUGAGAAAGGAUGCAACACUACCUAUAUCUGUGUUGGUGGUUUGCCUAAUCCCAAUCACUGUCCCGGAGAUUCUGGCGGACCACACCAAGCGGUUUCUAAGUUCGGAGAACUUACCGUUGGACGGUAUGUGCAGUAUGGCAUCAUUGCAGAUGGACCGUACUACUGCUCCAAACCGGACAGAGUGAGCCGAGGCGUUUCGGUGGGUUAUGUGAUUGAUUGGAUCCUUGCAAAAAUGCAAAUAUAAUCCUCUGUAAGUAUGUAGGCUCUCAAAACGUCGACGAACGGAUACUCCAGAUUACUACAGUGGCGGAUAUUAGCUCUUUAAAUUACAUCUACUCAUAGUGUUAUGCACAUGCGGUCAAUAACAUGUACGUGCUACUACGGCUGUACCACACACGAACUGCAAAUGAACUAAUCAAUAUAAUAAAGUAAUAUUAUCUUAACCAACAAACAUAA